UAUCUGGUCACACUGAAAAGAUAUUAUACACCAUUCAAAACCACUUUUUAACAAUUUUAUAUUAGUUUUAGGAUUUUAGAGUGUUAUUAUCGAUCCAAGAUACAUUUUUUUAACACCAUAAAAAAAAUUAUUUGUUUUAUAACGAAGAAUUGGUUUAUAUUGGCCAAACGCUAGGGAAUAACGUGCAACGAUGAAAGUAUGCCGCCUUUGUCUGGCAAAGGACGCCAACUUUUCUGUUUUUUCGGUGUCGACUGCCGUAAAAAUUAUGGCCUGUACAUCGGUUGAGAUUGAUCCUUCGGAUGGUUUGCCUCAACACAUAUGUUCUGCCUGCCGCCUGCGUCUCGAAGAGUACCAUCAUUUCCGCCGCCGGUGCCAGGCAGCUGACAGGAAAUUAAGGCGUAACGAACGAAUCGACUUGGAUGACGAGGACAAUAGUGCGCUACGAGAUGUGGCCAAGUGCACAGGCAGUGCCUGUUCCGAGAGCAACGCUCAGUGGCGGAAGCAGGCAGCACAGCUCAUACGUAAUGAAAUCAACGCUUACAAAAGAGAGUUACUGGCGAAUUGCAAGCAGGCUGUGCGCGCAGAGAUUGAGGACGAGGUGCGACAAGAGCUUGAGGAGGUUCUGAUGGAACAGGCCAGCCAACAGGUGCGUCUUGGUGUCCUCAAUGACCUCUUUGAAGAAGUAGAAAAUUUCUUCAUCCGGAAACGUAACGAAACUGCCUUCGAGCACUUCAAUGGUUCUGAAAGCGUCAGCUCCGAGAUAGUUGAUGGUUUUUACGAAGAAGGAGGGGAGGAACAUCCCAAUCUUGUCAACGUAAGCCUGGUGGACCUCGUAGACGAUGAACCAGACCCUGAAAACUCGAACAACUCGGAAAUUCCUUCAUGUAAUCCUGCCUCCGAGGUGAUUGUACCUGUGCCAAUGGUGGAAAUUAACAUGAACGACACCCAACUUUCCCACCUGCGUGAGGAAUUUAAUAGGGAUGUCUUUUUAGGUAAUGCAAAAUCGCCUAAAACCAUAAAAAGGACUAAAGAAGUUCCCUUGAAGACAGAGCCAAGUCAGAAAAAAGUACGAUUCAGCAGCCCUAUAAAGAAAGCCAAGACGCCAGUUAAAUCCCCAGCUAGACUUUGUCGCACGCACAAGCCCAGGUUCAAGAAGCCAUCCGAAUUUCACUCUAAUAGCCCAAAUUGCGUGCGCUGUCGGCUUAGAGGGGCAGAUAAGAGGAAUAGAAGCGUUUCAUAAUUUUCCUACUACAAUAUAAGUUAUUCAAUAUGGCCCUUUUUUUUUUAGAAUAAGUAACGGAGUU